AUGAUUAGAGUUUUUGAUUCUUAAAAAACUCAUUAUUAUUAACCAGGAUGGACAAUGGUAGGUGGUGUCUUUCCAGAAAAUAAUAAAAUAUAAACUGAUGAUGGAAGAGAAUGGACAUAUGAUUAAUUAAUUAUUGCUGCAGGUAUGAUUCCUAAUUUCAAUAGUAUUAAAGGUAUUAAUGAAGCACUUUUAGAUGACCAAUGCCCUGUUGGAUCUAUUUAUUCUUAAGAUUAUGCUGUUAAAUUUUCAAAUUUAGUUGAUAAAUUUUAAGGCGGUAAUGUUAUUUUUACAGAACCUUUACACCCUAUUAAAUGUGCUGGUGCUCCAUAAAAAAUAAUUUAUUUAACUGAAGAAAGAAUACAUAAUAAAAAAGGUAUUCGUGAAAAAACUAAUAUUGAAUUUUAUAAGGCUGUAAACUUUUUAUUUUCUGUACCCAGAUAUUCUUCAGUUUUAACUUAAAUAAUUAAAUAAAAAAAUAUAAAAUUAAAUCUUAAAACAAAUUUAUUAGAAGUUAGAAGUAAUAAAAAAAUUGCUGUAUUUGAAGAUUUAGAUACUAAAAGUAUCAUUGAGAGACCUUUUGAUUUGUUACAUGUUGUUCCACCUCAUAUACCACCCCCUUUUAUAAGAUAAAGUGGGUUAGGAGAAGGUGCUGGGUAUGUAGAAGUUGAUAAGCAUACUCUAAAUCAUAAAACUUAUAAAAAUGUUUGGGCAAUUGGAGAUUGCUCAAACCUACCUACAUCGAAAACUGUUGCGGCAGUUAUAAGUUAAACACCAAUUUUGGUAAAAAAUUUAAUACAUUGUUGGAGAGAUAAAGGAAGUUAAUAGUCUAUGCCGGGAAUUUAUGAAGGAUAUACAAGUUGCCCUAUUUUUACUGGGAAUAAAAAAGUAAUUUUAGCAGAAUUUAAAUAUGAUGGAAUAGUAGAUGAAACUUUUAGUAAUUAAUAAAAUAUACCGUUUUAUAGCUUUUAUUUUAUGAAAAAAUAUAUUUUCCCCUUUGCUUAUUGGAAUUUAAUGCCUAAAGGAAUAUGGAUGGGAAGAAAUGGAAUUAAAUUAAAUUGAAAAGAAAGUAAAUUUCAAAUAAAUGAUAAUUAUUAUUUAUAUUAAAUAAUUUUUUAUAUAUUAAAUUUUAAAAAAGAGACAUUAUAUUAACAAAAUUAAUUUUAUAUUAUAAAAUAAAUAAAUUUUAGAU